AUAGCUUUUUAAAAUGCUGUAACAUUUGAACACAGGCAUGGAGGACAAAGAUGAAGAGGGGAGCUGCAGUAUUUACCCCUCGACCCUGCUUCCACUCGGCAGUGGGAUCAAGGACACCAUGGAGAAGUUUUUGGCAGAAAGGACCGAAGCCAAUAUGUGGACAGCCGUGCUGAUCGGAGCUGUGUCGAUGAUUUCUUUCGUUGGAGUCGUUGUGUUCCUUCUUUACAGACGAUACAAACUGUCAAAGGAGAAGGCCGGGGUUCCCCACUAUCGCUUUCGCAAGAGGGAUAAGGUGAUGUUCUACGGCAGAAAGAUCAUGAGGAAGGUCCAGACACUGUCCUCUGCCCCUGCCUCAAAUUCAAACUCAGCUUCACGGCAGAGAGUGAGGAAGAGGACCAAAGUCCUCUCUAUUGCCCGCAAGAUCCUGCGCAUCCGGAGAGAACCCCCCACCCUGCAGCCCAAGGAGCCCCCACCCUGUCUUCUGGAGGCUGACCUGACGGAGUUCGACGUGCAGAACUCCCAUCUGCCCUCAGAGGUGUUGUACAUGCUGAAAAAUGUAAGGGUGCUCGGCCAUUUUGAAAAGCCUCUUUUCCUGGAGCUGUGUCGCCACAUGCUGCUGGUCCCACUGCACCAGGGCGAGGCGCUCUUCAGACCGGGCGACACCGACGACAGUAUUUACGUGGUUCAAGAUGGCCGCCUGGAGCUGUGCAUCCACGAGAGUGAUGGAACAGACGCUGUGGUGAAGGAAGUGUUACCAGGAGACAGUGUUCACAGUUUGCUCAGCAUCAUGGACAUAAUAACUGGCUAUCCAGCGCCUUACAAAACUGUCUCUGCAAGAGCUGCCGUUCCCUCCACUGUCCUGCGUCUUCCAGCUGCAGCCUUUCAGUCAGUGUUUGAAAAAUAUCCUGAAACUCUGGUCCGUGUCAUACAGAUAAUCAUGGUGCGUCUACAGAGAGUGACCUUCCUUGCCUUACACAACUACCUCGGCCUGACCACGGAGCUCUUCAACCCGGAGAGCCAAGCCAUCUCACUGGUGUCGGUGGCCCAUGUUCUGGGUGAUGGUCAUCCACACAGAGGCCUCCGUAGGCAGCCUUCCCACUCUGAUGAUCAGGGCUCUGAGAAAUCAGACACAGAAAAGUCCGGCCUCUCUGAAGUGCCCACAUCCAAGUACACAAAGUCUCGCUCCCUCUCCACCCCAAUGGCUGUGACAGGUAAUGUGUCAGAUGACCUCAACAGAGUGUAUGAAAGGGCUCGGGUAGCCAAAGAGGAAACGGUGUCACAAAGUCCUCCUCAGUCUAUAUUAAAGAAGAGUGUCACGAUGCUGCACACUCCAUCUGCUGUUUAUCACUACAGUGAAGCUGGAGGAGGAAACGUCAACCAUAAUAAAGUCAAUGCAAUUUUCCAAGCAGCUAAAAAGGAUCUGCUGCAAGUCAUCCCUUACAGCCUGCUGGAGGGGAGGGUGAAUCUGCGACAGGUCAAAGCCGGCACUGCUGUAGGCAACCAGGGAGACCAGGAUGUGAGCAUUGCGUUCGUCAUCUCGGGGUUACUCCACGUCUACCAGCGUAUGAUCGACCGUGAGGAGGACACCCUGCUGUUUGUCACCCACCCGGGGGAGAUGGUGGGUCACCUGGCUGUUCUCACGGGAGAGCCCCUGAUUUUCAGUGUCCGCGCUCAGAGAGACUGCACCUUCCUCUCCAUAUCUAAGGCUCACUUCUACGAGAUAAUGCGCGAGGAGCCCAGGGUGGUGUUGAACGUAGCUCACACUGUGGUGAGGAGGGUUUCACCAUUCGUCAGGCAGAUUGACUUUGCUCUGGACUGGAUGGCUGUGGAGGCUGGACGGGCGGUCUACAGACAGGGAGACAAGUCCGACAGCACCUUCAUUGUCCUCAGUGGCCGUCUGCGUUCUGUCAUUGCAAAGGAUGAUGGGAAGAAGGAGCUGGCUGGAGAGUAUGGCCGUGGGGAUCUUAUCGGUGUUGUUGAAGCCCUGACCCAUAUGAACCGAGCCACCACAGUCCACGCUGUCAGGGACUCGGAGCUGGCCAAGCUUCCUGAAGGAGCUCUGAACUCCAUCAAGAGGAGGUACCCUCAGGUUGUUACCAGGCUCAUUCAUCUGCUCGGACAGAAGAUCCUGGGAAACAUGCAGCAGGUCAAUGGACCUCUGGCUGCUCGUAGUCUGGGUCUCCACACCCCUACCAGUAAGUGGGAUGCUGGGAAUCCAGCCUCCAACCUGUCCACUGUGGCCAUCCUGCCAGUGUCUGAGGAUGUUCCCCUCACUGCCUUCACUCUGGAGCUGCAGCACGCGCUCAGUGGAAUUGGCCCCACGCUCCUCCUGACCAGUGACUCCAUCAAACAGCGACUCGGCUCUGCUGCUCUGGACAGUGUCCACGAGUACCGUCUGUCCAGUUGGCUCGGGCAGCAGGAGGACAUCCAUCGCAUCGUCCUCUACCAGUCUGACUCCAGCCUCACACCCUGGACCCAGCGCUGCAUCCGCCAGGCAGACUGCAUCAUCAUCGUGGGACUGGGGGAGCAGGAGCCCACAGUGGGUGAGUUGGAGCGCAUGUUGGAGGGGAGUGCAGUCCGUGCUCAGAAGCAGCUCGUCCUGCUGCACAAGGAGGACGGCCCGCCUCCCAAAGGCACCGCCAUGUGGCUGAACAUGCGCAGCUGGAUCUCCAAACACCAUCACCUGUCCUGCCCGCGCCGAGUCUUCUCCAGGAGGAGUUUACCCAAGCUGAGAGAGCUGUACCAGCGUGUGUUCGAGAAGGGUCCCGAUCGUCAUUCUGACUUCUCUCGUCUGGCCAGGAUCCUGACAGGAAACAGCAUCGCCCUUGUGCUGGGAGGAGGCGGAGCCAGGGGUUGCUCUCAGGUCGGCAUCCUGCGGGCGCUGAACGAGGCGGGGAUCCCCGUUGACAUGGUGGGCGGCACGUCCAUCGGCUCCUUGAUGGGAGCGCUGUAUGCCGAGGAGAAGAGCAACAGUCGCAUGAGGGUCCGGGCUCGAGAGUGGUCCAUGGAUAUGACGUCUUACUUUAAGAAGAUCUUGGAUCUGACCUACCCGGUCACCUCCAUGUUUUCUGGAGCUUCCUUUAACUCCGGCGUCAGCUCCGUCUUCAAGGACAAACAGAUAGAGGACCUGUGGCUGCCGUACUUCAACAUCACAACAGACAUCACAGCUUCCUCCAUGAGGGUUCACACUGACGGCUCGUUGUGGAGGUAUGUCCGGGCCAGCAUGUCUCUGUCCGGUUACCUGCCACCUCUCUGCGAUCCCAAAGAUGGACACUUGCUCAUGGACGGAGGAUACAUCAACAACCUGCCCGCUGAUGUGGCUCGCUCCAUGGGGGCAAAGGUUGUGAUCGCAAUUGAUGUUGGGAGCCGGGAUGAAACCAAUCUGACAAACUACGGCGACUCUCUGAACGGCUGGUGGUUGCUGUGGAAACGCUUCAAUCCUCUGGCAGAGAAAAUCAAGGUCCUGAACAUGGCGGAGAUCCAAACCCGGCUCGCUUACGUCUGCUGUGUGCGGCAGCUGGAAGUGGUCAAAGAGUGUGAAUACUGCGAGUACAUCCGACCUCCCAUCGACCACUACGGCACUCUAGACUUUGGCAAGUUCGACGAGAUAGCUGAGGUGGGAUACCAGCACGGGAAGACGUUGUUCGAUGUGUGGCAGCGCAGCGGCGUGGUGGACAGCAUGCUUAAAGACAGACAUCAGGAGGAGUUCCACAAGACCAAAACUGGCCAUGUGGUCACCUGUCCCAAUGCCUCCUUCACUGACCUGGCAGAGAUAGUGUCCAGAAUUGAACCUGUCAAACCUGCCUUGAUUAAUGAGGAACUUUCUGAUGAGUACCAGACAGACUAUGACGAGGAGGCGGUGGAAAGCGCCCUGUCGGACUAUGAGGCAUUCAACGCCGGCAGUGAAUACACUGAGGGAGAAGAGACGGCAGACACUGCAGAAACAGAUGAAGAAAUUCAAAUCAGAAGUCGACGUCGGCCCAAGAAUCCCUCACAAAACUCUCAGCCAUGACAUCCAUGACAUCUGCUCUGACUUCCUGUUAGAGCUGCUGAGUGUGUCCACACAUUUCAGUGCAGUUAUGCUGACAGUCACUGAUCAUUAGCAUGCUAAUGAUCCACAGAGGCCUACAUUACUAGCUCCAUCCACCAGUAAGUUUAGAACUGAAGAAGCCUUUCAGAGGAGGAGAGGUGAAACGUCCUCAAGAUCUUCAAUUAAGUCCAGUUGCCUUUGGAUCGAGCUUCAAUUUUACCAUGACCCGGAUGACUGAGAACCUGCACAGACAGCUGCUAACCUUUGAAAUGUAUGCAUGACAAACAUGCAGCCAAGAAGCAUGCUCAGUGUGCAGGACACAAAACUGCUGAUGAUUUCUGGGCUCAAACCCGUGAGCACAAGGAGGAGUGAAGACCCCCAGUGUGUCUCAUUUUCCUGCACAUUUCAGCGGUCUAAAAUAAGUUAAUCUACAAAAGGGGUUCUCACUCAAAUGCCCCACAAAAAUCUAUUCACUCAUUUAUUUAGUUUUUUUUGUUUUGUAGUCUCUAGCUCAGCUGAGGAAUGAAACAUGGACAUUAAGGGAAUUGCACCCUGAGCGCCUUGAAACUGUGUAAAAGAUUGAUGUCUUCAUACACCACAUAAACAUACGCACAACUUUUCAAUAUCAUCUUUUAUAAUAUGCAGUGCCAAUCUCUUAGGGCUUUCACACUUGCAGAAAACUCCCGAAAAACUCCUGAUAUUUCCAGGAGGAGGAGCUGUAUGUGUGAACGCAAACAGCCUAAUUUUUAACUCAGACUUCACCUGGAGUUUCUCCUGCCAGACCCCUUGUAUUUUUUCAACAACAAAUCAGAGUGAGCUGAUGUGAGAACGCAGAAGGAUAUUAUCCGGAGAAUUCACCUCGAGCCAAUAGGAGAGGGGAGAGACGUUUAUAUACUGUGACUGCUGCACGGUGCAUAGACAUACUGAGAUUCUGUUCAUCUAUAUGUAGCAUUGAUAUAAAGGUAAAUAUUCUCUUAUAGCAUCAUGUAGCGGACUCUGUCCCUCGACCCCCCUUCUUACUGACCCGCUGUGAGGAGCGUAUGUGAACAUCCAGGUCAGGAGAAUAUCCGGAGCAAUCCUCCUGAAAUGAUCUAGAUAUUUUUCAGGAGUUCAUGUGUGAAAAGGGCUUUUGGCACAGUUCUAUGCAUAGCUGCUUCCUACCAUAAUAACCUCAGAGAACUACAGCAUUGUUUACAUAUAAGCUAACGUUUUAUAUACACACAUAAACAUAACACUAAUCAAAACAAGUGAAAAGAUUACAUUUGAAUAUUUAUUACCAUAAAGGUAGGGACAAAAAAAAACAUAGUGCCUGGUUUACUUCUGACCUGCAUUAAUAAGGAAACUUGCAUAAAUACUGUCCUUACACACACACACACACACACACACACACACACACACACGUGUUUAUGAACACAUACACAGAACUGUAAAGUGUUACAUGUGUCUGAUGAUGAAGGGAUUUCUGCACGCCGUGGGUGUGACAGGUGUUAUGAGCACUGUGAUAAUAGUUUAUUCAAACAUGAUUAACGCACACCUUAGAUGUGAUUCUUGAAUGUAUUUCUUAUCUGGAGCUAAUUCUUCAGAGAACAUGUGAGACUCUCUAUACAACCGUCCCUCAGACAUUUUCAUAAUAGUCAUUUAGAAUUUCCAGAGACUUUUCUUCAUGGCAGACAUUUUAGCAAUGUCCUAGUUAGUAAUAUUCAUGCUACAUACUAAACAGUUUUUGAGUUUUAUAUGCUAACUAUUUUUGUCUGUUAGUAAGCGUAGUAAAAAUUGCUUCCUUUUUUGAGUGAGCUUUGAAUGUGCGCUCACAUAAAGCACAAAGGAAACAGAGGAGAAGCUAAAGCAACAAUAUGUAACUUUUCCAUCUUUAAACAAUUGAUUCAAAGUAUAAUAACUUUCAACAGGGAGAAUGGCAUCUCUCUCGUGUCCACAGCGCGACUUGAUCGCCUGUUUGCUGCAGUGUGUAACUUUGGCAGCAGGGUGAGGUCAUCUCUCAAAGCGUGUACAGUUUUAAGGCACCAGUUCUGACACAAGCCUUCAGUUAUAGACAAGUAUCCAGUUAGCCCGUCUCUGUACGGGCUGAUACAACGCCUGAGGCUAAGAGGUAGAGGAACCUUACAAACCUUUAUCAACUAGCAUGUAAUAGCCUCUCCAAUGAAGCUGUUUAGCCACAGCCUGUAGUUACCAUGGUAACACAUGAACACACAUGCACUCCACAUGCAGAAUGUUCACUAGCAAAUUAAUCUUUGCUCAAAAUCCGGUCAUUUUUCUGUACCUUGUCAGUCGACGUGGUUGUUUAGCGUCUUGGAACCUGCUUUCCGGCUUCUCACCCUCUGCUUGUACACAGACGCACGUUGUAUAAGACGGGGAGGCGUAACAGCAUUAGGUGUCUUACUAAAGUGCAGUUGCGCUCAGAGUCCUUCGGUGGGCGCCAAAGCGCACCAAUCCAAAUUCCUACAUAUUGUUGCUUUAGCUGUUGUAAGAUGUAAAAAUGACAUUUUUGAAAACAAAAAUAGAAGAAGGUAUUCCUAUAGUUUUAGGAAACCAUGUUUGCCCCUUUGUGGAGAAGGAGGUUUAGUUGUCCAAAAUAAGAACAAACUGAAGGGAUUUAUUCACCAGUUGGAGUUCUUAAAGUUUGUUUGAACCAACUGCAAAGACGGGUUACUCAGACCUCUGGCUCUACCAUAACUAAUUAUUAUUGAUGAUGAUUACAUUAUGACAUGUCAAAAUAUCAGCAGUGAAAAAGUUCAAAUCCUACCCUAGAUAGAAACGAGGCACCCAGAAAAAAGUAACAACAACGUCGUAAUUUGACUUUGACCUUCAACAGCGUCAACAAGUAACAUUAGAUUCAUUUUCUGCUGGACAUAACUGGAGCCUUUAUGUCACAUAAUGAGUCCACACAUUUUAGUCUAUUAUUCAACCUCACACUGCCUUUUACUGCCUGCGUGUGUGUAGAUAAACUCUAACUGACCCCUUACAUUUAACCGAGCACCUGAACUAGCCUUUCACUUCAUGUGUGGUGCUCACACCUGGACGGAGGUUAGUUUGUUAAAUGGUUUGCUGCUCACCUGUUGCCUGGAACUUCAUAUUUCAAACUCUGUAACAGAUUGACACUCAAAGACAUGAUCACCAUCAGUACUAUCAGGGUUUAGACCUCCCUAACAUCAGUGAUAUAAUAAAACUAGUACCUGACUUUAAAACACUAUUGUCCUGUUCGGUGGUUACAGAGACCAUAAGCUGUUGACUCGUUCCUGUUUCAUUGUUUCGAUGACGGGAUGUUGAAGAAGGUGUUGUUAAAAAGUGUCAUAAUGAUCUAAUUGUCAUGUGGUAGAUUAUAGAUGAUCCUAACUGUGAAUGAUUUUGUAUUAACGGGGAUAGUUACCACUGUGUGAGACGUUGCCUUUGACAAACUGGAGUCCUUAUUUUGAGUCCGUUCUGGUUUAUUUCAUGUUUUAUAGUUAAAUUAAAGAUUGUAAGAUUGAUUUAGAAUUGAUCAUUUAGAGUGAUUUUAGUGAACCAACUGGAGGGUAAUGGUGAAAUGCACUUUUUUAUGGUGUUUAAGCUGUGUACUCGAGAAAAACUGAAUGGAAAAAGUCCAGAAGUUUAAUUUUUUUUUGUGGAUUCUUAAAUUUAGAAGAAACUGUUCGUUGCCAUGUGGAAAUAAAAUGAUCUAAAUAUUUAA